GAGACCGGUGUCGACAACCUCUCCUUCAGUCCCGCCAUUGCCGCGCCGCAAUUCGGCGCCGGCGUCUACUGCGGCAACUUUCCCAUGUCGCCGCACAACGUGCGUGUGGCGUACCAAACGUGGGACAUCCUGGAGCGCGCGCCCGAAGCAACGGAGAAGCGCUUCGGCAAGAACUACGUCUAUCGCGACGGCAUUGCGUUUGGCGGAUGGCUCAAGACUUGGAUUGCCAGCUGGGUGGCGUAUAGCAGCGUGCUUGCCCUGCUUUAUCUGCCGCCUGUGCGCUGGAUCAUGAAGCGUCUGCUCAAAGAGGGCGCGGGUCCUUCUGACAAGGGAUGGAUGGAUCUGCGAGCCGUGGCACGCUGCGGCGACCAGGCCAGCAUCUGCAACUUGUCCUUCAAAGGCAAUCCUGGCUAUCUAGUGACGGCGCGCAUGAUUGCCGAAGUCGGCCUGCUCCUCUCGCAGGAGCGCGAGGAAAUGCCGCAGUGGGCAAGGCAGGGAGGCGUGCUCACGAGCGCCACGAUCGGAGGCGAACGCCUGGCAGAAAGACUCAAGCUGUAUGCGGGCUUCGACAUUGAGACGGCCGUGUUUGAGGAGGGAAAGGACAAGUAAAAAAAACCGAGCGCCGGGCGAUGCCGCCCCCCAUUCUUCUCCCUUCCCUCAAGCAACAGGACGCGAAUCGCCAAAUCUCAUUUGCGAGCUGUCGCUCUCUCUCUCUCUUUCUGCGUUGGCGCUUUCCAUGCCUCUCACGAGAACGACUCUGCAUCGUCAUCUCCUUCGGCUGUUCGGCCCCUCUUCUCCUUCACGCUGCGUGUGAGGCCCACACUGUCGUCAAUGCCAUCAUGACUAGAAGUCACUGGUCUGUAUGAUUAGAGAGAAGCGGCAGGCGCGGGCUCGAGCGGGGGAAAAA